CAUGGCGGCGCGUUCAAAAGUCCGUCGUGGUGUCGUUUGUUCAAAACAAACUACUGCACUGACACGCUGAAACAAGAGAAUACAGUUGAUGAGACUUGCGCUAUUAUUGGUUCGGAAUUAAGGAAUCGCAAUGAGCAAACUCAGCCAGCAAUCUACUUUGGGAGGAUUUCUGAAGAAGAAAUCCAGCAGCAAAACCCCUGAAAUUGACGAUUCCGAUGAUGAUACGGACAUCUCCAUUGUAAAAGUUGUCCCAUCCCAAAAGAAGUCCAUUAAAUGGGUUAGUUCAUCAUUUGAUGAUUUUGCUGCCUUCCUCCCGUCAAAGCCAGCAUGUUCGUCCCAGCUGUCAGAUGCUACAACAUCUCACAGCAAGAAGCGGAUGAGGGACAGUGUACAUCCUGAGCCCAUACACCAGCCCUCCACUGCUGCUAAGGGGAAGAAACUCAAGAAGAUCUCCAGAGAUGAUCUCUGGGCAGAUAAACACAAGCCAAGCAAUAAAGGUGAUUUAGCAGUUCACAAGAAGAAAGUUGAUGAUGUCGAGACAUGGCUUCAAGAUAGGACUAUGUCUACACCAAAGCAUGUCAUUGUACCUCGCAUGGAGCCCCCCAUCUUACUUCUAACAGGCCCAGCUGGGGUGGGGAAGACUGCCACGGUCCAAGUACUCUGCAAGGAGCUUGGACUUGAGGUACAGGAAUGGACCAACCCAAUACAGCCAAGCUACAACUCUGAGCAGCUCUUGCCAUCAGCUUAUAAUUCCUUUGCACACUCCCGUCUAGACUCGGGCUAUUCAGAAUCUCAAGCGACACAGUUCAAGAAUUUUCUGCUACGAGCCAACAAAUACUCAUCUCUGCAGAUAGGCGACACCCUGUCGUCUAGUCACAAGAUAAUCUUUAUAGAGGAACUACCCAAUAUUUUCUUCCGUGACUCUUCAUUAUUUCACAAUAUACUCAGGAAGUACAGACAGGUUGGACGCUGCCCCCUGGUGUUCAUUAUCAGCGACACCACUAGUGGGGAAUCCAAUGAGAGACAGCUCUUCCCUGCAGACCUCCAGGCUGAGAUCUGUAUUGAAAGUAUCAGCUUCAACCCUGUGGCUCCCACCAUGAUGGUGAAAGUGCUGGCCAGGAUUGCAAACUCAGAAUAUAAUCAGCGGUCAAUAUCUGCCGUCCCAUCGUCCCCGGUCAUUGAGUCCAUUGCCAUGUCCAGUGCAGGAGACGUGAGGUCCGCCAUCAACUCCCUCCAGUUUGCCUGUAGUCAAGAUACAUUAGACCUGAAGCACAAGUGUACACCUAAACGAACAGCACCAAAAAAGUCUUCAUCUGGCUCGGGACGUAGACUGAAGUAUGAGACCAGUCAGAGAAAGGACACAAACACUGAGGCAGGGUCCUCAAUCGGAGCCAGGGACACCUCCUGUUUCCUCUUUCAUGCUAUCGGCAAGGUGUUGUACUGUAAACGUGGGGACCCCAAGGAGUUUCCUGAACACUGCCUGCUGCCAUCACGUUUAUCUCAACACGACAGAGACCCACUGCUCCUAAACCCAGAGGAGGUUGUAGAGAAGUCACACCUGUCAGGUAACUACUUUGCCAGCUUCUUGCACCAAAACUAUGUGGACUUCUACACCGACAUCGAUGACGUUGUGAGAGCUAGUCAGUACAUCAGUGAUGCCGACUUCUUCACUGCAGAGUGGGCAUCUCGCUCAGCGAUGGAGAACUAUGCUGCGUCUAUAGCUACACGGGGUGUGAUUCACUCCAACUCCAGCAUCGCCCGCCAUGACAGCAAGAGGACUGGGUUGGGCUGGAAACCGAUCCACAAGUCUCAGUGGUUCACGAUACAGAGACAGGUGGUUUAUCUGUUGUGCAGGCAAAAAAGGAAUAUUGAAACUGCUUCUGCUCUGUUUAAAGGCUACCACUGGGAUCCCAAGAUGCUGUUAACAGAAGUCCUGCCCUACAUGAACCAGAUCAACGUCACUCUACACAGCCCAGCUCAGAUUUCCUUUACUCAAGAGAUGUGUAGAUAUUCCACCUUUGGCAGUGGCAGGAGGCUGGAGAAGCUUGAGGAGACUGAUGUUCUGGAUGGGGAGGAUGAAGCCCCGCCGGCCACCUCUCAGCCCACACAGGCAGGUGGAGACGAGGUGCCCCUCAGUCAGAACAAGGUUCAGGUGCCUGACGAUGAGGAAGACGAUGACCCAGUUAUAGAGGACUACGACGAUGAGGACUAUGAAGACCUGUUUCUCUCAGAUGACAGUUUCACAUGACCCAGCAUGUAGGGUACAGGGACCUACUGAGUGAAACUUCAUUCUCAGGAACAAACUGUGACAAAGUAUUUCUCUAAAAGCAAUACAGGAUCACAUAGGCUGAAAACAGCUUAUGAAAUUUCUUUAGUUUGUAAAUGAGGUUGUGUGGCAUAUGGUUUAUGUCGUCAUGUGUGGUUAUUGGGUGUCGUCACGAUAUGACGGAGAAAUUGCUGAUGUGAUGUUAAAUAUUAAAUCACUCACUAUUGAGUGUGUUUUUGUUAAUUAUGUUAUUACAUACACAUAUCUCUAUUCAUCUCUAUUCAUCUCUUUGGGGUGUUGGGGUAGCCUAGUGGUAAAAGCAUUCGCUCAUCACACCAAAGUCCUGGGUUCGAUUCCCCACAAGUCACUCACUCAUUAUUCAUCUCUCUUCGUCUUGAGACUAGAAGUAUUACCUUAUGGUUACAAAUUUCUGCCUGGACUGUUCCAAGCCCUAUGAGGAUACCAGCAAGAAUAGGUUACAGUGAAAACACAAGAAGACAAAAUGAGAAUGUUGGUCACUUGCAUGACCAUGAACUUGAUAUGUCUGACUCUAACAACUGGGCUUGAACAUGAUAUGUGGAAGCCAUAUUUGUUUGUUUACUACCUAUUAACUUUUUCAUUGACUUAUGUCAGCACCAGACUCAGCAAGCAGUGGUUUGAGUUAUUUGUCCGCAAGCUCAUACAGGUACGUCAUAUUUUUAAUGUUCAGAGAUGUAUUUCCCUUUUAAUGUUCAGAGAUAUAUAUAAUUAUAAUAAUAAUAUAAUAGGAUAUUU